AUGACAACAUUUACGCUCUAUCGUGCAGCCGCAGCCGCCAUGGCCUUUGUUCUCGUCGGACACACCAUCGGCGGCAUGUUUUCCGAAACAGACGUUGGCCCAGCUGGCAACGCCGUGUUUGCGUCUAUGAAGGUCAUCAAGUUCAACUUCUUUGGUUCCCAAUGCACGUGGUACGGCUUCCACAUGGGGUUUGGUCUCAACGUCUCCUUGCUUCUUGGCCUGAGUUCCUUCAUGACAUGGUAUAUUGACGCGUUACCUAUUGAUGUCUGGCCGCAUGUCGCGCCGCUGGCCUGGGCUCUUGUUGCAGCCACAGCGCUAGCUACCCUGCUGAGCUGGAUGUACUUUUUCCUGAUGCCCAGUAUCUCAAUGACGCUGGCGACACUGUUCCUCUUUGCUGGUACUCUGCAAAAGAAUAAGGGCUCAGUAGAGACGAAAAAACGAAGUUAA